AUGCCUGGCGCGACGGGGCGCCGUGCCAAUGCAGAUGGCCCGCCGAAUCACACCAAAUUUCUCGAGCGUUUUGCUGCCAAAGAGGCGCAGAGAAGAGUUCCAAAACCAACACCUCUCUCGGCAGAAGAGCACGCUGCGAAUCGGAAACGGUUAAGCAAGGUUUGCUUCGUCAAACCGAAGUACUCGCACGAAACCAUGAUCAAUGUCGCUGGCAUUUUGAGGAAGUGGCAAAGAUAUUGCGAUGAGAAGAAAGUUGGUGAUUGGGAGGAGACGAUCAAGUCUUUAUCUCGGGAACUAACGAUGGACUUCUUCCUCUUCGUAUGCGGUAACUACAAGGUCAAGUCGUGGGGGACCUCGGAGGAGUACAUACGCCAGUUCCAGCAGCUUUACACGACCGUCAACGGCCAAUAUAUGAACCGCAAUGAUAGCAAAGAAGUUUACAAGUACCACCAUAACGUCUUGGUUCCUAAAUUUGGCCUGCGUGCGCCCAAUAUCGAUGGAAAGCCCGUUCUCAAUGUCAACAGCCUGGGCGCCCUCCUCACUUUCAAUAUUGCUUACGACUCCUGCACAUUUGACCUGGAACGGCAUCGACUCCAACUGGCUGGCUGCUACCAGAUUAUGUGUUACACCGGAGCCCGGCCCGCUGAGCUAGUGGACGGCGAAAGAAAAAAACCCAAAGAUGGUUCCAUCGAAAAGCUUUUUGGCCAGAAGGUCGUUCAGUCAGCCGACGACGGCACAGAUGACACGAUAAACACCCUAGACGACGAGUCGCAGAAGAUAAACGAAUUACUCUGCAUGGAAACAACAAAACGUGGGCGUCCGAAGGCUCUUUGUUAUGAAGACAUCCUAAUGAUGCUUGUCCGCCAUCCCCCCACGGGACGGCCUGUCUUGGCUAUGGCAAUUAAGUUUAUUCACCACAAAGGAGCUGAUAACAAGCCUAAGCCAACCAUUUUCUUCUUUACUCCGAGCAGGAAGUUAAUCUGUUGUCCCAUUUCACUCAUUCUGGCCCUAGCACUGCAUGAUCAUGCAUUCGAUGCACCGAGCCUGACUAGUGCAUCCCGGGUGUUCGAGUCACAAGUCUGGGGACCGAUAGAGUGCACGCCACUUCGAUGGAAAGAGGAUAUGCUCAAGGUGCCAGUAUUUCGCCGCAUUCGAGGCGGUGAACUCUCUGCCAACGAGCCAAUGCCCUAUUCGAAGCUCAAUUACGACAUGGGUCGGCAAAGUCUCGACUCGGGGCACGAGAAGGCUUUUACUCCAAAAUUUGCUCGCAGGGGCGCCGCCAAUGCUGCCAACGGUGACGCGCCGGAUUCAGUUCGGGACCAGAUGAUGCGACAUGACCCCAGGUUUUCUACGUUCUUUAGUGCAUAUCUGAACGAAAUUGCAAACUUCGACCUCCAGAACGCUUUCCUUGAAGAACCAAAACAGGACCAGUUGUUUCGGAUGUUUGCACACGUUAGUCUCACCCGGGACCCUCGAGCCACACGAGAUAUGGUGCCAGAGGAAGUAUGGGCACAGGUGCCACCCGACCCGGAAAUCAUGGGGUUGGAAAAUGAGCGUGCACUUCUUAAAAAGGGCCAGUAUCGAAUUGCUGGAUGCGAAAACGAAGAAAAGAUACGAAAGCUCACAGAGAAGAUUAGGACUAAGAAGGCAGAGCGUGACAAGAGGAUCGUCAAGUACUACCGGGAAUAUUACUUCUACAACCGCCCGACCUGGGACAUUGAGGCGCAAGCUCGCGGAGAGUCACAGGUACAGUAUGAAGAACCCACUAUCGACCUCGCCAUCUAUGAGCGUGCCAGACUUGCAGAGAUUUUAUGCUACCAGUCUAAAGAUUUGACAGAAGAACAGAUCUUAUGUCGUAGAAUAGAGGUAGUCGACCUCAUGGUCGCACUCUGCGACAAGAGGGAUACCGGUAAGGUUGGCCAAUCUAGGUCAAAGCCCUCCGUUCAGUCCGUUGUACAGCAAUUUGUCAAGGAAGAAUCGCCUGCCUGGUGUGAGGUCGAUGAUUUCCCUCUCCUCAUGGACGCAAGUCAAUGUCCAGAUUGCAUUGGCGAUGAACGAUUGACAGCAGCAGAGCGUACCUUUCAGUGGUGUCGCCCUACCAUACGAAAUGAUCACUUCGACGACCAGCACUUGGCAGACAGAGAAGAUAUCGCACGGCGAGGGGAGGCGCUCAUUUGUAAACAUCCCAAGUGUAAGAACGAGACUUUUAAGCACCUAGAUCACUUUAGAAACCAUGUCAGGUCUGUCCACAGCGUCCUUUUAAGAACCUCGGAGCAGGUAAAUCGUAGAAGAACGAGACAGGAACAACGUCGCCAGAUGGCCCGGGAGGCGAAAGCACAGCGCCAACAUGGAGUCCACAGGACUAAUAUGGCGAAUUGA